AUGUCUGACAAUGGUGAUGACACGUUAGCCUCUGGAGACAAAGAAGAAAUGACCAACAAGCCCAACAGUGAUACUUUACCCAAAGAUGCAGAAGUACACUGUGAUUCAGCUACAAUUUCAAAUGAGCUCACGCCAGCGAAUCCCGGAAGAGAUGUGCAUGAAAAUGAGGCUGUUCCGGGUGCAGAGACUGCGGACACUGGACUCGCUGAGCAGCCCAAAGACCUUGGCGCCGUGGAACCGCCCCUCAACGGGGAGGUGACUGAGGAUGCCCUCGCUGAGUGUGUUGAUGCCGUGAGCCUCGAGGCAGAAGCUGGAUCCGAAAUACCCCUGAAAGAACAGAGUGAUCUGGCUGUGGAUUCCUCUCCACGUGGAGGGGGCUGGGCAGGCUGGGGCUCCUGGGGCAAAUCUCUGCUCUCGUCAGCAUCUGCCACAGUGGGUCAUGGAUUGACAGCAGUCAAGGAAAAGGCAGGGGCCACCCUCCGGAUUCACAGUGUGAACUCUGGCUCUUCCGAAGGGGCCCAACCUGAUGAUGAAAAUGAAGUCUCUCAAAUAGCCGAUGCAGCCGCAGAUCAGAGCCCCGCAGAAAGCCCACCCACUUCCCCUUCCUCGGGGUCUCGGGGCAUGCUGUCAGCCAUUACCAGUGCGGUUCAGAACACAGGUAAAAGCGUCUUAACUGGUGGUCUUGAUGCUUUGGAAUUCAUCGGCAAGAAAACCAUGAAUGUCCUUGCAGAAAGUGACCCAGGUUUUAAGCGGACCAAGACACUCAUGGAGAGAACUGUUUCUUUAUCUCAGAUGUUACGGGAGGCCAAAGAGAAGGAGAAGCAGAGGCUGGCACAGCAGCUCCCCGCCGAGAGGACCGCACACUACGGGAUGCUAUUCGAUGAGUAUCAGGGUUUGUCACACCUGGAAGCCCUGGAAAUUCUGUCCAAUGAAAGCGAAAGCAAGGUUCAGUCAUUUUUAGCAUCACUUGAUGUAGAGAAGCUGGAGGUCUUAAAAAAUGACCUAAUUUCCAUUAAAGACAUCUUUGCAGCCAAAGUAUUCGAGAAUGAAGAGAAUCAAGAAGUGCAAGGCAUAGAAGAAAAGGAAGAAGAGUUUGCUAGCAUGCUUACAGAGCUUCUCUUUGAAUUACAUGUUGCAGCCACACCUGACAAACUCAAUAAGGCCAUGAAAAAAGCUCAUGACUGGGUGGAAGAAGAUCAAACUGUGGUAUCAGUAGAUGUGGCUGAAGAGUCAGAAGACAAAGCUGAGAAGGAAGAAAAGGAAGAAAAACCUGAAAAUCCUGAAGAAGACAAGAAGAGAGAAAAGACAAAUAAGACAGUCGAGGAAGUAUACAUGCUGUCCAUUGAAAGCCUGGCAGAAGUAACAGCUCGCUGUAUUGAGCAGCUUCAUAAAGUAGCAGAAUUAAUUCUUCAUGGACAAGAAGAAGAAAAAUCAGCUCAGGACCAAGCAAAAGUUCUGAUAAAAUUAACUACUGCAAUGUGCAAAGAAGUGGCCUCCUUAUCAGAGAAGUUUACAUCUUCUUUAACCACUGCUGGGAGCAACCAGAAGGCCGAGGUCCUUAACCCCAUGAUCAAUAGUGUAUUGUUAGAGGGCUGCAAUAGCACCACAUACAUACAGGAUGCCUUCCAGCUGCUGCUGCCUGUCCUGCAGGUUUCACACAUCCAGACCAGUUGUUCCAAAACACAGCCAUGA